CACGUGGAACUGUCAGCUGCUCAGUACAAGAUGGCGCUGUCCUGUAGAGGGGUAUGCCGCGGGGCUUCUGUGAUCUUACUGUAUGGAAAACAACCUGUCAGGGUUAAAGCAAGUCUCUGCACACCUAGAUUGGCUUCCACAAAAUCCAGUAGUUUGUGGUUUGUUAGACACUACUCACCUUCACAAGCAAGACAUGGGAUUGGUCGAAGCAUUGUGUCCAGGCUGAAGUGGGUCAAUGAGAAGUAUGAGAGAUUCUUGCAGCGGCGCUUUCCUCGCUUUUAUGCCCUCUAUCACACUUUUAUGAAAGGGUUCCGGCUCCUGUUUCAAGAUGCUCAAGAAGUGAGAAGAAUCGUGACUCGCAUGUUCAGUGACAGCGUAGAGCACCAGAAUGUGCCUUACCGUGAUAUGGAGAAACUCAGGCAGGUCCGCAGGGACUUAAUCAAAGCCAUUCCCUUGGUCAUCAUAUCAAUACCUCCUUUUGCCAACUAUCUGGUCUUUAUCCUUAUGUACUUCUAUCCUCGCCAGCUUCUGAUCCGGCACUUCUGGACCCCACAGCAGCUGGUGGAGUUCCAGGGGGUGUACCACACCCAGAGAGCACAGCACCACUGGGCUAUAGUAAAGGGGCUGGAGAGCACGUCCACUUCUGUCCAAGACAGCCGACUUAAAAGCCGCCUCAUGGAGCUCUGCAGUAAGGUGCGACAUGGAGUCCAUCCUGUAGUGUCUGAUGUCCAUGCAGUGAGAACAUUGUUCUCCGGACCUCCCUUAGGUAUCAAGAAAAUGUAUGCAGAUCAGAUGAGACACCUCUGUCCAUUGCUGUUCCUGACGCCCCGCCUCCCAGCCUUCUGGAUUGGUCAACGCUUGAACAGUCAUGCCUUAGAACUCAUGCAGCUUGACCGCAGCAUCGUUCAAUUAGGCUUGCAUCAGUUAAACGACACAGAGCUCAGAGAGGCAUGUUACGUGAGAGGGCUGAAUCCAGAGCUUCUGAGUCCCGCACAGUGCCGGGAAUGGCUCACACAGUGGUUGCAGUUCUCAACACACCUCAAAGAGUCAGAGACCUCCCUCUAUCUGCACUGUAUGGUACUGCUCACUGUAAACUACCCUAAACACCCACGUCACUGACCUCGAGAGGAAGCAGACGACUCCACCACCACACCCAAAAUGCACCAUGGGAACAAAAUAAUCUUGUAUGCAAAUUGAAGCAGCGCAACACAAGCUUUAUUAUACCAGUCCUUUGGCUUUAUGUUAUGUUACUUUUGUAAUCAAGGGAAUUUUAUGUUUCUGAAUAAUUCUUUUUUAAAUGUUGUGCUUUAAAUUAGUUUUUUGGAGAUUUUGUUUACUUGAGUGAGGAACAGACAGGAGAGACAUUGUCAUUGAAAGAUGCCAUUGAGAUUCUGUAAUUUGUGGAAUAAUUUCAUUAAUUUUUCUUCCAUAGAGACAGGGUGACAAAUACACUCCAAAACAAUACACUGACACUGUGAGAGAGGUUUUAACCACGAGACAAAAAGCACACUGAACAUGUGCCAAAUGCAUCCAUUUGGAAUUAAACCUCAUUGGUCUUGAGACAUUCAUUCUAAAUAUAGUUGUUCGUGGAGCACAAUCAUUUGUGAAUUGUUUUGUGGCAUUUUGUAUACGUUUAAAAUCAGCACUGAACCAAGGACAAGUAUCACCUAUCUUGUUCAUUUUUCUGGUGUAUUAGUAAGACAAACAAUCACUAUUGGGAUGUUUAAUAUGUAAAGCAACCCAGUUUUUAUGGUUUAAAUCUGAUGGAAAAACUGGAAAGAGGUUUACAAAGCCUGGAUACUGGAGAUAAGUGUAUUCUUUAAUAUAUUAAGCUAAGUUCUAUAAUGCAGCAUAUACUCAUUUUAAUUAAGUUUAUGUUAAUAUUUAUUUUUGAAUCCCAAAAUUAUACAAAGAUUAUUGCACCUUGUUAUUUGUUCUAUCCAAUAAGAAGUUGUUUGCUGUGUGCACUGGGCUGUUUGGUCAAAGCAUUAAAGUUAUGCUAAAUAUGUUUUGUCAGAUUCUAAAAUGAUCUUCUUAUUCAGCCUUUUAACAGGUGCCUUUUUACUUAAGAACACAGCUAUAAACAUGGUGCAAUACAUGCUGUUAUCUUUUUAUGUUGCCAAAUGUGUUGCAUUAUUUUGUAUUUUAUAUAUAAAUAGAAUGCUGUUUGGUUCAGUGUUAACAUGUCACUGAAAACUAUGAUAGUACAGUCAACGCAACGUGAAAAUAUCAGAACUUCUAUUAAAAGACUUCAAACUU